AUGGCUUCGACGCAGGAUGAAGAUAUGUAUUUGUUUGGAGGAAGUCUGAGUCAAACCCCCGCUUUCGCGGGUCAAGAAUUCGAUACAUUCUUGACCUCAACUCGACCUGAGGCCGAUGACUCGACCAUGAUGACAGCUGGGUAUCUCAACCCAAACGACUUGUCGAUUAAACGCGAGUACAACGACUACAGUCCCAUGCCAGAUGGGAAUUCUUUCUCGCGCUCGCCGCGAGGAUCUGGCUCUGGGUCCAGCAGUUCAUCCUCGGCGUCUCCGGUUGACCAGAAGCGCGAUGCUUCUGCUCCCUCCACCGCUUCUCCUCCGGCGCACAACCCUGAGCAAGGAGGCUGGGGCAGUGGAAUAAAUGGAUUUUCAAUCUCCAACGAGCAUGUUUUUGACGAUGCGGCGAUGGCGGGCAUGGAUCAAGACUACGAGGCCAGCAACCAACAAAUGGCUUCCGAUUUCGAUUUCGACACCGCUGCAAGCACACCGAGCGGAUUUGAUGCGAUAAAUAACACCAAAGCUAAGAGCAGUGCCAUGGCGCGGCCUAUGAAUCAGCCGGGAAAUUUCGUGCCCUAUGCGAAACAAAACUCAGGUGUCGCUUUCCCACCCUCAGGCCAGGCCCAAUUCUUCUUUCCCGGAUCUAGGGAAGCCUCGCCUUUGAACGCGAUGCUUCCUUCCACCCAAGGCCAGUCUCCCUGGAGCAAGCACUCACCAUCAUCUGGCCUUGAGGAGACGUUCAACCAUAUCACCAUGAAUGGUGACUCCCCUGGUAAUGCGAUGUUCUCUCCGAACGUCCACUUUUCGGCCAACGGCUUCACAUUCGACCCUGAGUCGACGGCGAGUCCCUCGACCUUCGCGAAGGAUAUCUCAACACCUCCUUCCACAGUCCACUCGGCCGACGGCAAUCCAAUACUUACCGUGCAUCCUACGUCUCUCAAGUCUAGGGUUGAGACGCAGAUACCUAUCAAAUUGACCUUGUCAGUGCUCCCCUCAGGCGCCAAAAAGUUGAGGCUACCUAGACACACUGUAUCAAAGCCCAAAUUCCUUUCCAAAAGUGAAAUCAACCGAUCACCGGAAAUCCUGGAGCUUCAUACGUCCUUGGUUUGUACGAGUGCGAUGCAAGACCCCAGCAAAUUGCAGCGAGCUCUUGCACGAGCUAGGGGUGAGGAAUUGGCUCCUCUUACCAGGCCCAGUCCUGCUUCGUCCGAUGACUCCUCUACGCUGAAGGACGAUGACGAAAGACCACUUAACGGUGGCGAAGUCAAAAUAUGUCCGGGUUGCAUACAGCGUGAAAGGAAACGGGCUUCGCGGAAGAAGCAAAAGAAGCCCGAGGAAGAAGAGAUGUUCCAGAAGGACGAAGAAAGGAGGGUAGUGGUUUUUAAUACAAACGAACUCAAGGAGUGGGUUGAAGUUCCUCAGGAUGCCCAGCCCGAACACCCACGCAACCUCAAUCCAUCAACCGCGAUGCAGGUUGAGCUCCCGAUGCGAAUUGCCUGUUAUUGUCGCCAUCAGAACGAGAAGAUGGGUUUUCAGGUCAUAUUCACCAUCAAGGAUAGCAAGGACAAAGUGAUAGCUCAGGCGUUGACCAACCCUAUCAUGAUCACCGAUGAUCACAAAACCCACAAUGCUCCUACCACGAUCACGAACCCACCUGCUUCAGUCCCGACUAGUGCGCCUCAAUUACCGGGCGCAGGAGUUUUCGCAGCCACGAGUACAGAAGCAGCCCAGACGUCUGCCGUUCAUCCUAGGAUCAGCAAGCAGUCAUUUUCCACCACGGAUCUACACGGUCUCCAGAACAAUUUUAACCCGAAGUUCCCUAUGGCCCCCGCAUCAAAUCCGUUUGCCAUUCCUUCUGCCAUGUCCCUCCAAACGCCCAAUACACUCACACCCCGAAAUCUUUCAAGACCUGCCUCGCCUAAUGGAGUCCCUGGUCCGACAAACAAGAGAAGAAAACAAAGUGGUUCGGGAAAGGUACCGUCAGGCCUCACAAUGACCCGCCUUGAUACUGCUCAGCACUCCCAUUCGUCUUCGACCGCGAUGCCUAACAACACCGCACAUUCGCCUUACCCCCAAAACAUGGCCUCAUACAUGGCUCCCACUGAGCGCCAAUUCGUGAUGCCGUCAUCCCGCUCAGGACCCUUUGGCACGAGUCCUCCCACCCCCAGUGGUAACGACACCACAUUUAACUCCAGUCUCAAUCGGUCUUUUAGCCUGGAAAACAUCCCCCGUGGCACGCCGUUGAUUUCUGCUCCACCAUCGCGACAGCCUAGCCGUCCCGGUAGCCCCGGUUCAGCAAGGAAUAGCUUUGGUGCAUCAGAUGCCGUACUUGGCCAGGCUGUCAGUAAUCAGCUUAUGGGUCAGCCAAAUCGACGCCCGCCACAUCCUUUGAUACACAAGCUGGUUCCUGCUGAAGGUUCUGUGACGGGUGGCACGGAAGUGACUCUCCUUGGAAAUGGGUUUUAUCAAGGACUUGAAGUCAUGUUCGGUGAUACUGAGGCGACAACCACUACUUUUUGGGGCGAAAAGUGCCUCAACUGCAUCGCGCCACCUGCCCUUCAAGCUGGGGUUGUCGCCGUUGUCUUCAAGCAUGAUCAUCCCCGGUAUUCUGCCUUGCAGCAGCAAUCCCAGACGCGACCCUCACUCUUCACUUACGUUGAUGAUCGGGAGCUGGAAAUGUUCCGCCUUGCUUUGAGAACUCUGGGCAAACAAUUGCAACACCCUACCGAUGAUCCAUACGCUGCGGCUCAACAGCUUCUACAAGGGCAGUCGCAUUCAGUGUGGCCCUCACAUGGAGGGUACGGUAUGAAUGGAGGCCAUCAACGCAACGCUGGGUUUGGAAACGGAGUUCCCAUGGACACGCUUGAUCUUGAGGCACUUAUGUUACGCGCUCUCGACCACAUGGAUGCACAAAACAACAUCAGGGCUCCCAGAUUCGAUCUUCGCAGACCUUCCGGCCUCACGCUACUUCACUUCGCCUCGUCCUUGGGCCUCACUCGCUUUGUUGCCGGUCUUCUGGCAAGAGGUGCUGAUCCUAAUGUGUUCGACAACAACGGUUUCACACCCAUGCACCAUGCGUCGAUGAACGGACACACACAUGUGAUACAUCGACUACGACUAGUAGGUGCCAAUCACAAGGCACGUAGCAUCCGCAAUUUCAUUCCAGCAGACCUGGCCACCUCAUUGUUAGCAUAUCAAGCUACUAUGAACAGAAUCGAACAUUAUCGCUCUCGCAGUGCCGGUGGCACCCCGAUGCUCCUCCAUAGUAGGAGUUCCUCCUCUCUUCGAUCAUUUUGGGAGCAUGAUUCAAGCCAAUAUCCUACCACUGACUCCGACGAGGACGACGAUUCUAGCUUAGAAGAUGAUAAUUCUACUGAAGGUGCGACAGAGGAUUUGACGCUGCACCGGGCGAUGAGUAGGCCCGGCAUCAACAAAGCAAUAGUGAGCAUCCCAGGCACCAGAAGAAAUAGUGCACAUCACAUUGUCGCUCCGGAGACGACCCAACCCAGGGUUAGCGACCCAGCUCCAAAUGUGGCCCCAUCGGCCUACAUGAUGGCAUGGCGGGAUCAUCUGGUUGCCCAGUUGCACCAGUUUAACGAAAGCGCGCAGUCGCUAAUGCCCAACCUUGAAGGGCAUCUGGCCGCUCUCCAAGAUUAUCAAGCCUACCCAAUGGUCCGUCGUGUUAGCUCACUCUUCCCGCAACGGCCCAGCUCAAGACAACAGAAUGGCCCAAGAGAAGGCUGGUGGGAAACCCUGACAGGCACAUCGUCGCCGGCACCAUCGUCCCCCCCUGCAUAUGGCGACCUUUACCCCGACGAUGGGGGCAGUGCCGAAGAUUGGAGCCUCAAAAAAUUGUCCGCUCUUCAAGCUGCCACUGAUGCAGCAGCCGAUCUGCACUUCGAGGGCCAAUCGGCCAGUCACCACGUUCAGGCGUCAGGGUCUACUCUCAACCCUGCAACGCCCCUAAGAAAACCUGUAGAGAGAAUUGAAUUGAGCCGCGAUCGGAAAUUGUUCUUUUUCUGGAUACCUCUGCUUGCAAUUGUAUUGGCGCUGAUGAUCAGGAGCUCUGGCAUGCUGAGUACUUUUGACUCUUCGGGAAAUACUGAAACACCGGUUGGAAGGCAAGGCAUCGAGGUUUUAUGA